AGUGAGGUCUGGUAGACUGGUGGUCUGACCAUGUUGGUUGUAAUUAUUCGAGUUCCCGCUGGACUCGUUGAUUUCCCAUCUUUUCCCCCAGGGAGCAGUUGCAGCAAUUCCCAAAUACAAACACUUCUCAUUUAUUACGAACAGCUUAAAUAAAAUCUAUCCCCUCCCCUCACUUCUGACUUCGUUUAAUUUUUAAACAGAAAAACAAAAUUGAUCUCGAUUCAAAACCCUAACCAAAUCUCCGUAAAAUUAAAGAUCAAAAAAACAUGAAAUGAUCCACCAAUAACACACACACAGAGAUCUCAUGAGAAAUAAUGGAUGUGGAAAAAUCAUCUCUGUGUAAUUGUAUUGUGAAUUUCCUUCUUGAAGAGAAUUACUUACUCUCUGCAUUUGAGUUACUUCAUGAAUUACUUGAUGAUGGUAGAGAUGCACAAGCUAUUAGACUUAAAGAAUUCUUCUCAGAUCCAUCUCAGUUUCCUCCUGAUCAGAUCUCUCGUUUCAACACUCUCCGUGUUGCAGACCCUCAAAGCUUGCUAGAGGAGAAAGAAACUGUGGAAGAAAGGUUGGCCAUCAGUGAGUAUGACCUUCGUUUAGCUCAAGAAGAUAUUUUGAGGCUCAAGGAAGAGCUAGAGAAGAAAAGAGAACCAUCUUCGGGUGAAUCAAAUGGUUCCAAAGCAGGUGAUAGUGCAGGUGAGGGUCCGGAAUUUGAACAGGGAAAGAGGUAUACUUCCUUUACUGAUCUGGGACCUUUGAAGGACAAUGAGCGUAAAGAUCUUAACUGUGCUGUAAAGGAAUAUUUACUUUUAGCAGGAUAUCGGCUUACUGCAAUGACAUUUUACGAAGAGGUUACAGACCAAAACCUUGAUAUUUGGCAGAAGACACCUGCUUGUGUACCUGAUGCUUUGCGGCAUUAUUAUUAUCAGUAUUUAUCGUCCACCGCUGAGGCUGCUGAGGAGAAGAUCUCAAUUCUUCGAGAAAACGACACAUUACUAAAAGCAAAGGAAAAGCUGAAUCUUGAGAUGGAUUCCUUGCUGAAAAACAAAGAUUUAGCUGACGGUCAAAUUAUGGCACUAACAAAAUCAUUGGAAGCUCUUCAGAAAGAUCUUAAGGACCGAGAGCUUCAGGUACAAGAUUUGAAGCAGUCACUGGAGCUUGAAAGACAGGCACUAAACGACUGCAGAGCUGAGAUAACUUCACUGAAAAUGCACAUAGAAGGAUCUCGGUCUGGUAGGGGAUGGGUUACAGGGGAUGCCGAUCAUACAAAGUCACAGUCCUUAGAAAGCUGUAGAGCAGAAAUAAAGUCAUUGGAGAAGGAAAUAGAAAGUUUAAAGGCUAAGAGCUCCGUCGCUGAAAGUCUUGCGGAGCCUGUUACUUCUGAGGAGAAUAUUGAGGUGGAAGAAAAGGUUGUUGAGAUAGAUGAAGAUAAAGCUGUGAUAUCUGAUCCUGCUGAUUUAUCAUAUGAAGUCUCGGAUGUGCGAGAUGCUGAAGGUCAGACAACUCCGAUCUUUGGGGACAACAAUGUUCAGCAGAAAGGAAAUCUACGUGAACAACUCUCAAAUUCCUCCACUGAUAAUGGUGUAGUCGAAAAUAAUGGAAAUGUCUACAAACAGGAUGCUGGACAAGUGCCACAUGAUAAUGGUCUGUUAAUGAAAUCAGAUAGCCUUUCUAGUGAACCUGAUCCUGAAAAGAUGGGUUUGGAAACAAUCCAGAUCCUUUCAGAUGCUUUGCCUAAAAUUGUUCCUUACGUACUGAUUAAUCAUCGGGAGGAGCUCCUUCCUCUGAUUAUGUGUGCAAUUGAGCGCCAUCCAGAUAGUAGUACCCGGGAUUCCCUGACACACACAUUGUUUAAUUUGAUUAAACGACCAGAUGAACAACAAAGGAGAAUUAUAAUGGAUGCUUGUGUGAGCUUGGCAAAAAAUGUUGGAGAGAUGAGAACAGAAUCAGAACUGCUUCCUCAGUGUUGGGAACAAAUUAAUCACACAUAUGAGGAGCGUAGGCUGCUUGUAGCUCAAUCGUGUGGAGAGCUAGCAGAAUUUGUUCGGCCAGAGAUUCGUGAUUCCCUAAUUCUGUCAAUUGUGCAACAAUUGGUUGAGGAUUCUGCAACUGUUGUCCGAGAAGCUGCUGCUCAUAAUUUGGCAUUGCUGCUUCCACUUUUUCCAAAUAUGGACAAAUAUUUCAAGGUCGAGGAGUUGAUGUUUCAAUUGGUGUGUGAUCCUUCUGGAGUGGUUGUUGAAACUUCAUUGAAAGAAUUAAUUCCUGCUAUUAUGAAUUGGGGAAACAAGCUAGACCAUACGCUUCGAGUGUUGCUUUCUCAUAUUGUGGGAUCUGCUCAGCGGUGUCCUCCUCUCUCAGGGGUAGAAGGUUCUAUGGAAUCACAUCUCCGCGCUUUAGGUGAAAGAGAACGCUGGAACGUUGAAGUUUUAUUGCGGAUGUUGACAGAGCUGCUUCCAUUCGUGCACCAAAAAGUGAUUGAGACUUGCCCAUUUCCCUCCGCAAUGGGAUCUCCUACAUCUUCUGAAACAGCGGGAUUAUUCACAAUCUCCUUGUUCGAAUUGUAUGCAGGGGGACAUGUGGAGUGGCCUCCAUUUGAUUGGAUUCACGUUGACUGUUUGCCUGACUUAAUUCAAGUUGCCUGCUUGCUGUCCUCAAAGGAAGAUAAUCUGCGGAUUCGAAUUACCAAGUUUCUGUUGGCUGUGUAUGAACACUUUGGGGAUCAUUAUGUCACACAGAUAAUGUCUCCUGUUUUCAUGUUGGCUACAGGAGAUAGUGCAGAUCUGAAAUAUUUUCCCUCGGGUAUCCAGUCAAGAAUUAAAGGUUUGCGACCCAAAAGUGCCGUGGAUGAGAAACUUGCUACAAUGUGUGUUCUGCCGCUUCUCUUAGCGGGCAUUCUUGGUGCUCCCAGUAGGCACGAGCAAUUAGCAGAGUACUUGAGAAAGUUACUAGUCCAAAGCACAGCUAGGGAGAGCCGCUCAGUAAAUCGUACUGCUGAGAUUAUUGAUGCAGUGCGCUUCCUAUGCACAUUUGAGGAACAUCAUGGAAUCAUUUUCAAUAUUUUGUGGGAAAUGGUCGUCAGCUCCAACAUAAACAUGAAGAUAAAUGCUGCCACCCUGCUGAAAGUUCUUGUUCCAUAUGUUGAUGCUAAAGUUGCAUCAACUCAUGUUUUGCCUGCUCUGGUCACUCUUGGCUCCGAUCAAAACCUGAAUGUGAAGUAUGCAAGUAUUGAUGCAUUUGGAGCUGUGGCUCAGCAUUUCAAAAAUGACAUGAUUGUUGAUAAGAUCCGUGUUCAGAUGGAUGCCUUUAUUGAAGAUGGGUCGCAUGAAGCUAUAAUUGCCGUAGUUCGUGCUUUGGUGGUGGCUGUACCACACACAACGGAUAGACUGCGAGAUUAUCUUCUAUCCAAGAUUUUUCAUUUAUCAACAACACCAUUAUCUGGAGGUGAUGUGAUGCGCCGCCGUGACAGAGCCAAUGCAUUUUGUGAAGCAAUACGUGCUUUGGAUGCCACAGAUGUUCCUGCGAAUAGUGUUCGUGAUUUUCUCCUACCUGCCAUACAAAAUCUAUUGAAGGACUCAGAUUCAUUGGACCCAGCUCACAAAGAAGCUCUUGAAGUUAUAAUGAAGGAAAGGUCAGGUGGAACUUUUGAAACUAUUAGUAAAGUUAUGGGUAUGGGUGCUCAUCUAGGAAUUGCAUCGUCAGUCACCAAUUUCUUUGGAGAUAGCGGGAUUCUAGGAAAGAAAGAAAACGUAGAACAGCCUGAACCUGGGGAGAGUCCGAAAACUGUCCAGCAAAUCCCAGCUGAAGACACGAGAUUUGGGCGGCUCAUGAGAGGAAACUUCACCAAUAUGCUCGCUAGGAAAGGUAAAGGCAACGAAGAAACCUAGAGGUAAAAUCAGGAAACUUAUUUUUGUCCCAUUUUUGUUUCAUUUAGUGAGAAUACCCGCCUCUACAGUUUUACCCCUUGUAAUGUUAUGGGGACUAUCAGUUAGCAAUUCGAUCUAGGGUGGGAAUACCUUACAAUGUUUUGCAAUCGAUGGAAAGUUUAGAUAAAAGGAAAAGUAACAUUCAGGCCACAUCUAGGGUUUCUUGUAAAUCUUACGUGUUCAGUAAAAUAUUCAUUUUCCUGUUUGAAUAAAUUAGGAUAAUAUUAUUUGAAUGAUGAGUGUUCAUUUACAUAUCAAGUGUUUUUACAAGUAUUGUAAACCAUUUAUUUGAAAUAUUUGAGCAUGUCUAUCA